AUGGCUUUUGUUGCGGAUCAGUUCUUUUCUGAGAUGGAUAUGUCAAUUCCCAAUGAAUGGGUUGACUUCGAUCAAUUCCUCGAUCUCCCUUACGACGACCAGUCGACCGCCACCACAGUCUCACCUCAGGACCUGGCUCUGCCGUAUGAGGCAGAUGGGAUGUUUACAUCCCCGUCUGAUUUUAUGCAAUCCUCUUUUGACAUGAUCAACUAUGAUCUCCCACAAGAAGAGUUCAUAGGAAUGGAUGGAGCUUUCAUGCAGGACCCUGCUGCUCCCUUGUUCGAUGAUGUUGCGUACUUGGGAUACAACCCGUACGACAGCGGCAAUACAUUCCGGAACCUGGUGGAGGCGCAGGCCGCCGCCGAUCCGCGAGUUGCUACUAUCAAGGAGAAGCGCCGUGAGGCGGCGAUUGCGCUGCAUCUGCAGCGCCUCUGCGACACCACUGCUCUUGACUUGGAUAUGUCCUCCGACUCCAACACCAGCUUCUCAUCCCCAAGCUGGUCAGAAUACGUUCGCGGAAGCACCUCUCCGCGUCUUAGCUCAGAGAACACAUCUGUCUCCGAGGCACCCCCUCCGGGAGGCAUAGAGAUGGUUCUCGACUUGAACAUGAACGCCGCAUCCAAUGUGCCUAAGAAGCAGAAGCCUCGAUCUCAGGCACAGAAGGAGAACUACAUCAAGGCUCGGAAGUACGGUGCUUGUGAAAAGCACAAGAAGCAGCACAAGCGAUGCAACUGCCUAGAGAAGGCUGCUGCUUGUGCCGCUGCUGGCGAUGUUCUUCCGAUGAAGCCCGCACUUCAAGUAAGGGCGAGUAAACCGAUGCUCCAAGUGCCAAACCUCCCAGAGUCGCGCUACUCGGACUCGCCCGGUCACGCCCCGUCAUCCGACUCACCUCAAGCACUUCCAACAGUCAAGCCGACAAGAAGUCCAACAAGCGGCUCGUCUGGCAUCGACCCAUCUGUCGGACUACCGUCAGUGGGAAUGCCUGUGGCGGUACCUGUCGCCAAGCAGGUCAUCAGGACCAAGACUCAAAAGAUUACACCACCAGGACACGAUAUCCUUCUACUAUCUGGCAUGCCAGUCUCAAACAGGACUUCCAGUCAAGGCAUCGUUCCACAAUCGAACAAGAAUGCCUCGAAGGUUACAACUCCAGGACACGACACAGUCGUAUCGGGCGAGAAUAUCAUCCCCAACUGUUCUGUGCGACACGAGAGAGCCUUCAAACAAGGGAGAAGCUCAAAGAACACAGCGAAUGGACAACCCCACGACCCAUGCAGUUCAACUACAUCUCGGCCAGUCCAUGCAGCUGGGCUGCCAUCUGGCAGCUCGGGCUUACGCUGGCGCGUUUCGACCUCGGCGGUUGAUGUUAUGCGUUCGAAGAGGACCGACGUCAAGACUGUCGUGCCAUCCUCGGUAGAACAUCCAACCACUGGCGUCCGUCACACUUCAGCUCUGCAUGUACACCAAACGAGGCCCACUCGCGUGGUGGGAAUGUCCACAGUGCCAGGUACUGUUGCUGGCAACCUCGGAAUGCGCCAUUCCCCGUCGCUCGUGCGCAACUCUGCAAUCCAGGUGCCUGGACCAGAGCGCAGGAGAGUUUCGGAGGGCCUCGCCAAGGAAAUCGCAAUACUCUCUGGCUUACAGCCAGUACCAAAGAAUUUGCUGGUUUCGCCGGCUCGGCGUGGCUCAUCAGGUCUCUUUGGCAACCGAUCACCGGAUAAUCUCGAGACUCGGGCACUGCUCAUCAGCGGACAAGGUCCCUUAGUUCGGCCCGUUGCUGAAAGCGUUGGUCGCCUGCUUUCGAGCACUGCAUUGGCAUUUGCUAGUGCCUGGCAAUCAUCACUGUCUCUGGCAUCUCAGGUUGAGGGUGUGGUCUACAAAUCUCUGUCUCUGUUUGGCCGACACAUUGUGUUUGCGAAGAAGGGUUUAUAG